AGCAGGAUCUCAUCACCAAGGAUCCGUGUCUGUAUUUAAAGGCAGGAAUUGCAGCAGACUAUUGAAGGCAGCAACCAGCUAUCCAGCAGCAGCACAGCAGAGCGGAGCAGAGCAACGCUUGCACUUACAGAUACUGUGGCUGCACCUUUGUAUAGAAGGAGAUAAAACAAACCCUGUCUCUUAGAGCCAGUGAGAAGAUGAAGAAUUUGGCAGUUGGUCUUGUUGUUCUUAUUUUGGUGGCUGUGAGAACAUGCCGUGGAGGCUGUGGGGACUCACAAGUGGUGCAAGGUUCAACUACACAACUUAAGAGAAGUUCAGAUAUUUACAAGCUUCCAGCUUCCCUACUGAAGAGAUUUUACGAUGAUGAUUCAUUUGUUGGGCUUAUGGGCAAAAGAAAUUCUGAAUUCAAGGAAUUCCCUUCUCUGCCUUUAAAACGAGAAAUGAAUGAUUUCUUUGUUGGUUUAAUGGGGAAAAGGAAUUUACAGACAGGGAAUCCCACGGAGGAAGAAAAUGAAGCCCGACCCGACUCCAGAUACUCAGCAAAAUGUAGAAUUAAGUUUAGGAUGUAGUGAUCAUCUUCUCAACCAUUCUUAAGAUUCCGGAUACCAAACAAUUUAAAUUUCUUCUUAUGUACCACUGAUACAAAACCCACCUGUAUUGCAAUAUCUUACAAAAUCUUCACGAUAUAAUGUAUCCAGCCAUACCCACGUCUAUCAUUACAACAUGAUGGAUUAGACAGGAAUGCAAAGGGGCACCAAUUAACUCUCUGUUACUCUACAGACCCACUCACAUUCAAAUCUUUAAAUUUAAAUAUGAUGUAAAAUA